CUCAUCUUCGAACUCGACCGAGACAUUGUUAAGACUGAACUGUGUAGAAAAUUUCAUCGCGAUUGGACUCUCCUUUCGAAAGUUAUCGUGUAAACGGCCGGCCGGACGGACACACUGACCGAUUCUAUAGUGUACUCACUUUUUGAGUACACAAAAAUUGAAAUUGAACCAACAUGUUUAAUUGAUCUUAUUGAUCAUUUUGAAUUAUAUAUUAAUGAUAUUGGAGAAAGAAUGAUUAUAUCAUCAAAAGAAUUUCAUUUUUCAGUAGAUGGUUAUACUGUUAGUAAACAAUAUGAAAUGCAUGUUGUUGCUUAUCCAAAAGCUCAUAUUAAUGAUGCUGAACCGAUCUCAACAAAUAAAAUAAUAUUUAAAAUUAAACGAGAAAUUCAAGGUGAUCCACCACCAGACAGUACACCAGUAUCAAAUAAAGCAAGUACAAAAUCUUUAUUGGAGACACAUAUUAGUGCUCAUGUUAAUGAAUCUACAACAUCAAGUACAAUCGAUAUGAUCCGUCAGAGAAGUAAUAAGAAAAAUGUUGGUAAUAAGAGUGAAAAUGUAAAAGAAUACCAACAGUCGUCUAUUUGUACUGGUUCAUCAAUGACAAAAAUAAAAGUUAAUGUAAAUACAAGAAAACCAAAAGUAAAAGAAUCACCAACGGAAACAGAAGAAGAAGAAGAAGAAGCAGAUGAUGAAAAUCUUUCACCUAAGGAUUAUAAAUAUCGAGCACAAAUGCUUCUUAGAAUAUUAAGACAAGCUAUUGAAAAUCGUUCAAACGAAUUAAAUUCAACUCCUAUACAUCCACAUACAUCAUAUCCUGGUUUUCAUCAUUUUAUGCGCAAUCAACUUCUAUCACAAACAUCAUCAACAUCACCUUAUAAUCCAUAUACACAUCAGCGUUCACCAAAAUGA